AUGGAACGGCGUCGAAAUCCCACUAGCUACCCUCAAAACAAUGCUUUCUCUUCUUAUCCCUUCUCCGAUAAUGCAUACAGCACUUCUUCUGCCCCCGCGCCACGUGGCAAGGGUCGUGCCGGUUACUCAACCGCCCCUUCCGGUGCUCGGGAACGUGGCCGCCGCUCUUCCUGUCAACAACACGAACCUUCCUCCAACUGGAAUAACCGCUUUCCCAUCCACAUUUCCCAAGACUUCAACCACCUUGACCUGAACGCUGAAGACGACACCACCUCCGGCGCCGGCGGGGGAAUCAACUUCGACGCGUACGAAUCUGUACCGGUGGAGGUUAGCGGCGACGAAGUUCCCCUGCCGGUGGAAUCGUUCGUGGAAACCGAUUUCCACCAAGUUCUGAAGACGAACAUCGAGCGGUGCAAGUACGUGAAGCCUACGCCGAUUCAGCGACACGCCAUUCCCAUUGCUUCCGCCGGCCGUGACUUGAUGGCGUGCGCGCAGACUGGGUCCGGUAAAACGGCGGCGUUUUGCUUCCCGAUCAUUUCUGUUAUUCUUAAGAAUCGUCGUCCGGGGUUUACUUCUGUGGUUCGUGAUCGUGGCGGCACUGUUUCAUAUCCAACGGCACUUAUUCUUUCUCCUACUAGAGAAUUAUCCUGCCAGAUACAUGAUGAAGCGAAGAAGUUUGCUCAUCAAACUGGAGUGAAGGUUGUUGUUGCUUAUGGUGGAGCUGCAAUAACUCAGCAGCUGCGGAAUUUAGAGAAGGGUGUUGAUAUACUUGUUGCUACUCCUGGGAGGUUGGUGGAUAUCAUUGAAAGAGGGAGGGUUUCUUUGACAAGGAUAAAGAUUCUUGCUUUGGAUGAGGCUGAUCGAAUGUUGGACAUGGGAUUUGAGCAGCAGAUACGCAAGAUUGUUGAGCAGAUGGACAUGCCUCCACCUGGUGUUAGGCAAACUAUGCUUUUCAGCGCUACAUUCCCUGAUGAUAUUCAGAAGCUUGCAUCUGACUUUCUCUCAAACUACAUAUUCCUAUCUGUUGGAAGGGUUGGUUCUAGCACUGAAUUGAUUGUGCAGAAAGUUGAAUAUGUUGAGGAUAAUGAAAAGAUUAACCAUCUGGUGGAUCUACUCCAUGGUCAAAAUGCACGUGGCGCCAACGGGAAGCCUGCUUUGACUCUUGUAUUUGUUGAAACAAAGAGGGGAGCGGAUAUUUUAGAAUCUACCUUGACGAGAAAAGGGUUUCGUGCUAUUGCAAUACAUGGUGACAAAGUUCAAAUGGAAAGGGAACGAGCUUUAAGAUCCUUCAAAAAAGGUGCGACUCCUAUCAUGGUGGCGACAGAUGUUGCUUCCAGAGGUUUGGAUAUCCCGCAUGUGGCCCAUGUCAUCAAUUAUGAUUUGCCAAGAAACAUUGAUGACUAUGUUCAUAGAAUUGGCAGAACUGGCCGUGCUGGCAAAUCUGGUUUUGCCACUGCCUUCUUCAGCUACAAGAACAAUCAUCUUGCAAAGCCUCUUGUUGACCUCUUGCAGGAAGCAAAGCAAGAAAUUCCUUCUUGGCUGAGCCAAUAUGCUGGUGAGUCUUCACCAUAUGAUGGCACUGGUGGUAGCCAUCCAUCUCAGCAGUAUGGUGGCCGUGACUUCCGAAAUGUUACUGAACCUGAAGUGGAGAAUUAUGACAACCACUCCACUACUUUUGGCGAUUCAUAUAAUGCUGAUUAUACAUUUGACAUAAAAGACUCCAAUGAAUAUGCUGAUUCAUCAUCUUAUGAGAUGGCAAAUUCAGUUCCUCCUGCUACCAGUUGUCAUUAUACUUAUGCCAAUACUGACUUGUAUGGAGGUGGCAACGUUGAAGAUGGUCCUGGAGGUUAUGCAUCGAUUGUUGCAACUGGAUGGGACUAG